AUGGCGGCGUUAGCUGCGCCUCGCCUGGCCAUGUUUGGCUGCUUUUCAACAAGGCCCAUUUCAUUCUUUGCUGUUCAACAGAAGAGUCUGCAUAGCGGUGCAAAAAGCGAGAAUACCACCACAAGUGUGGUUCCAGUCAGAGAGAAGAGCACGGCAGUGGCAGCAGCCAAACCAGCGUCUGUAGCCAGCAGCAAGGGGGAGUAUGUUAUCACUAAGCUGGACGACUUGGUUAACUGGGCACGCAGGAGCUCUCUGUGGCCUAUGACCUUUGGCCUGGCAUGCUGCGCGGUGGAGAUGAUGCACAUGGCGGCCCCUCGUUACGACAUGGACCGCUUUGGAGUGGUGUUCAGAGCAAGUCCCCGACAGGCUGAUGUCAUGAUUGUGGCUGGAACGCUGACUAAUAAGAUGGCUCCGGCUCUGCGGAAGGUGUACGACCAGAUGCCUGAGCCCAGAUACGUCAUUUCCAUGGGAAGCUGUGCUAAUGGAGGAGGCUACUACCACUACUCAUACGCUGUCGUCAGAGGUUGUGACCGAAUUGUACCAGUGGACAUUUAUGUUCCAGGUUGUCCCCCCACUGCAGAGGCUCUCCUUUACGGGACUUUACAGCUGCAGAAGAAAAUCAAGCGUGAGAAGAGGAUGAGGAUCUGGUAUCGGAAGUGAAUGUGUUAUGUGUGUGUGUAUCUGGCAUGUAAAUGUUGUAUUUCAGGUUUAAUUUGGAGCGCUGCUCCUCGUCCAUGUAGAGCUGCAGAGACUAACCUCAAUAAAAUCAUUGUUGUAAUUUACUCAGUACACCGCUGCUUAUUUUCAACCAAACAGCAGCAGUCACUCAGUUCACUUUUUCUGCUUCUUUAGUUCAGUAUUAAUAUCUGAAGACUGUUUCUGUAACAGGAAAAACAACAAGAUUUGUCAGAAUUUAAACCAGUUUAAAUUAUAAUUUAUUUUUAUUCAAGUAGCCGUGUUAAUUAUUUUCGUCUUUUUAAUCUCAACCUCUCAGUUAGUCAUGACCAUAAGAUAAGAGUCAUCCUAUAUCAUCUUAAAUAUUUUGUUGAAUAAACUGGGCUCGCAUUACUUUA